AUGGCUUCCAGGCGCAAUGCGCAGUCGACUCCGGCCGAAAUCUCCCUGGCUCAUCUCAAGAACUGCUUUGUCAACCUCCCCGCAUCCUUGGUGUCACUGCUUGUCAACGUCAACACCCCUAUCCAAAAUGUGGUCGUCGAACUAAGCUACCGCCCGUCCGCGAGCGCCUCCGGCGCAUCCCAACAACGGUCUAUUUUCGUCGGAUGGACAGGCAUGCCGAGCAAGCGCAAGGCUGCACCAAUAGUCGGACGCGAUGGUAUCAACGGCGGGAGAGGAGGCACUUCCUCGCGUGAUCAAGAAGUUGCCCAAGUCGAGAUUGAUGCGACGCUAGCCAACACGUUGGGUCUCACAGACGGACAGAGAGUUACAGCCUCAAUACACGUCGACCCACCUGUCGCGCAUACUAUCAACAUCGAGCCUCUUACGCCAGAAGACUGGGAGAUGAUCGAACUACACGCGAAUUUCCUUGAGAUCAAUCUCGUGCAUCAAGUACGAGCAUUGCCGAAUCCCGCCUUCACCUCGGGCUCCGGCUCGCUGGUCCCUCCUCACGCCUUGACCUUGCACCUUUCGCCGACAUCGACAGCAAACGUCAAGGUCAUUUCCCUAGGCCCUACACCGGCCGCCGAUGUUGCUUUUGUCAAGAUUUCCCCCGACGCCGAGAUCAUUGUUGCCCCGAAGGUCCGCGCCAAGACGUCGCAUUCCUUGGGGGAAAAUCGUAGUGUGGCAAGCACGUCCAAGUCCAAACGCAGCGGUGCUAGUACAGUGCGGCGGCGAAGUGCGCGGGAAGAGCGCAAGCCUGCUUUGUGCCUGCGUGGAGUCGACCGCUCGGCUUGCGCAGAUUGGUUUGACGAGGACCUGACGACCCAGGAUUUUAGUGUUUGGGUGGACCGCGAUAUACUGUACACCAAGGAUUUCAGGGGCGUCAACUAUGUGUCAGUCAAUAUUUUGCGACCUACACGACAAGCGAGCUCCACGCAGAAACCCCAGCAAGACGCCGAACAGUCUGCGAGCACGUCCAAGGUAACAACAAAGGUCGUUGCGAACCUACGCGCUUGGGACGAUCCUCCUGAUGGCAAGACGAUCGCCCUCUCACCAGCACUGUCUUCGACACUAGGAUUCGCGGGAUCUGUGGGUGGGAUUGUGAAGAUCGAACCAGCGCCCCAGCAAUGGCCGUUAGAUGCGGUGCAAAAGUUGAUCAUCCAGCCAUUUGCCGCCUCGAAAAAGUCCUCAGAGGGUUUGAAGUUUGGCGGCGAAUCCAAGGCUGGGAAGGAAGAAGCAUCCAAGCAAUUCAAGCACCUGUACGGCGACCGUAAGGGCUCUUCCUCUCUCCUCAGCGGGCCUCUGACAGAUGGCUCUGUAAUCGGCCUUUUCGAAGGCUUGGAGGCUCCUCAGGGCUGGGAGGGAGGUAUCAUCAAAUUCGAACCGCCAGCUAUCAACAGCGACCCGUUGAGGUCGUCAACCCGAUGGGUACUGGGGCUGAGUGAAAAGAUCCCCAUCGACAUCCGAGACCCGGUUCCGCGGCCAUCGUGGAUGAACGACGACGGCAUCGCCGAACUUCAGCCAUCCUACGAGGGCCAGCUUGUUGGCAUUGACAAGCUGUUGCAGGACCUUCGAAGUCAUCUUUCGCACCUUUCCUCUACUCUCCUCACCGGUGCGCUGGGGUCCGGUAAAACUGCUGUUGCACGGUCCUUAGCCCAUGAGCUUGGCAAAGACCUUCUCUUCCACACUACUUACUUCCCAUGCCGGAAGCUGGUAAACGACGAGACAAGAAUCGCAACUAUAAAGGAUACCCUGAAUCAAGUAUUCAUGUCAGCAAGUUGGGGUGCCAGAUUGGGGGGCAAGGCACUCGUGGUCUUGGACGAUUUGGACAAGCUGUGCCCUGUGGAAACGGAACUGCAAGUUGGCAAUGACAACGGAAGAAGUCACCAAAUCAGUGAAAUUGUCGGAUCAACCAUCCGCCAAUACUGCAACGUAGAGACAGGCGUUGUUGUGUUGGCAACUGCAGAAGGCAAAGAUUCUCUAAACAAUGUCAUCAUUGGCGGGCAUGUAGUCCGCGAGAUCGUGGACUUGAAGGCGCCAAACAAGGACGCGAGGCGCAAGGUUAUGGAGAGUAUUGUCAAGCAAGAUUCCAUCACCGCUGAAGACUUGCUGCGCGCACCUCAGAAUGGCAGUCGUCCCACCACAGCCGACGGAAGCACUGCAGGCGAAGACAGCGCCUGGAUGGACGCCGGAAGUCAAGGCAGCCGAGAGAACCGGAAUGGUGCCAUUGGUGGAUUCAUGCUGGACGCCGACUUGGACUUCCUAGAUAUUGCUGGUCUCACGGAUGGCUACAUGCCAGGCGAUAUCAGCCUUCUGGUCGCGAGGGCGAGAAACGAGGCCAUCAUCAGGUCAGUGAAUGAUUCUCCAUCCGAAAGCGAAGGAGGCGCGGUGCAUUUGAGUCGCGUAGACUUCGACAACGCCCUCAAAGGCUUCACGCCAGCCUCUCUGAGAAACGUUUCCCUGCAACACUCGACCACCACCUUUAGCUCCAUCGGUGGCUUGCAAGAAACUCGCAAGGUUCUCUUGGAGACUCUGCAAUACCCAACCAAGUACGCACCUAUUUUCGAGCAAUGUCCGCUUCGACUGCGUUCCGGCUUGCUGUUAUACGGCUACCCCGGUUGUGGCAAGACGUUGCUGGCAAGUGCUGUUGCUGGAGAAUGCGGCCUCAACUUCAUCAGUGUCAAGGGACCUGAAAUCCUCAAUAAGUACAUUGGCGCGUCGGAAAAGAGCGUCCGUGAUCUCUUUGAGCGUGCGUCGGCUGCAAAGCCCUGCGUUCUGUUCUUCGACGAGUUUGACUCAAUCGCUCCCAAGCGUGGACACGACUCUACGGGCGUUACGGACAGAGUCGUGAAUCAGCUUCUCACGCAAAUGGACGGUGCCGAAGGCCUUUCGGGAGUAUACGUGCUCGCGGCGACGUCCCGUCCGGACUUAAUCGACCCUGCUCUGCUUCGUCCUGGACGCUUGGAUAAGUCUCUGCUCUGCGACAUGCCUAUGCUGGAGGAUCGCGUCGACAUUCUGAAAUCACUCUCUAGCAAGGUCAAGCUUAGCGAAGAGCUGACCGAGUCGGACGGCGCGUGGGCCGACAUUGCUCGCAAGACAGAGGGAUUUUCCGGCGCGGAUCUCCAAGCUCUCGUGUCCAAUUCACAGCUGGAGGCGAUCCACGAUGUCCUGGGCGAUGCUGACCCCACCCCGACGACGAACGGCAAGGUCAACGGGAAAUCCUCCCCGUCGCAAGGCUCCGUUCCCAGCUUUGUGCAAUUCCGCUAUGGCCAAGACACCGCGCCAUCCACCAAACCCCUCAGCCGACAAGCAGAGCUGGCCGAGAACGCAGCCAUCUUCGCUAAGCUGGAGAGCAUUCGGCUUGCUCGAAAGAGGGUGAAGCAUUCUCAGCGUCCAGAAGGGGACGCCAAGCUGGCCAACGAUAAGGAGGUCGUCGUCAAGCUAGAGCACUUGAUGAAGGCCCUCGAAAGCACCAGGUCCAGCAUUAGCACCCAGGAACGGGCGAGACUGCAGAGGAUCUACCGCGAGUUCGUCGUGGGUCGGAGUGGUGAGAUGAAGGAUGGCCAAGGGAGCAUGGAAAUCGGCGGGCGAAGCAGCCUCAUGUGA